GAGGAAGGGGAGGACAACAUGGAGGAUGCAGUGGGUUUUGCACGCUCUAGUAUAAAGAGCGGGAAGGACGGCACCAAUUACAGUAAAAAUGAGCGUCGAAUGCGGUUCUUCAUCCGUAAGAUGGUGAAGACGCAGGCCUUUUAUUGGACGGUGCUCUGCUUGGUGGGUCUCAACACCAUCUGUGUGGCUGUGGUGCAUUAUGACCAGCCUGAGCUCCUCUCAGACUUUCUCUUCUAUGCAGAGUUUAUCUUCCUUGGUUUAUUCAUGUCUGAAAUGAUGAUCAAGAUGUAUGGUCUGGGCAUUCAGCCCUAUUUCCACUCCUCAUUCAAUCGCUUCGACUGUGCGGUAAUUGUUGGUAGUGUUUUUGAGGUUGUGUGGGCCACUAUAAAACCAGGCACAUCUUUUGGCAUCAGUGUAUUGCGAGCUCUGAGAUUGCUGCGCAUCUUUAAAGUCACCAAGUACUGGGCACCACUUCGAAAUCUUGUGGUUUCUCUUCUCAACUCCAUGAAGUCCAUCGUCAGUUUGCUGUUCCUCCUCUUCCUCUUCAUUGUGGUUUUUGCCCUGUUGGGGAUGCAGCUAUUCGGAGGACAAUUUAACUUUGAGUCUGGAACUCCACCUACUAAUUUUGACACAUUUGCAGCAGCGAUCAUGACAGUGUUUCAGAUCCUGACAGGAGAGGACUGGAAUAUGGUGAUGUAUGACGGUAUUGAGUCCCAAGGAGGAGUGAAUGACAAAGGGAUGGUCUUCUCUAUCUUCUUCAUUGUUCUAACACUCUUUGGCAACUACACUCUGCUGAAUGUCUUCUUGGCCAUUGCUGUUGACAAUCUGGCCAACGCCCAGGAGCUUACUAAGGAUGAAGAAGAACAGGAAGAGGCAGCUAAUCAAAAGACAGCACUGCAGAAGGCUAAGGAAGUGGCAGAGGUCAGCCCGCUGUCUGCUGCCAACUUGUCUAUCGCUGCCAAGGAGCAGCAGAAGAACCACGCUAAGACCAAUAAGUCUGUGUGGGAGCAGAGAACGAGCGAGAUCCGGCGGCAAAACCUGAUGACGAGCCGCGAGGCGCUCUACAACGAGCUGGAGCAGGAUGACUGGAAGGUGGGAGGGGAGGGAGAGGAGGUGUCGUUUCCACGGAAAGGACGUGGUGACGUGAAAACCCACCUGGAUAGGCCCCUGGUGGUGAACCCACAGGACAAUCGAAACAACAACACCAACAAGACCCAACCUGGUGAGCUGCCUCUGGACCAGCAGUAUCGGCGCCAGGACAUCGACCACUGCCGCCGUGCCGCUCACCACUGCCACUAUCACCACCGCCACCGCCAGAAAGCCUCCGGCGCAGACACCGUAGACGCUCCUCGGCCGACGGAGACUCACAUGGAGCACGGUUUCAGCUGCACGUCUCUGGGAGGGAGCGUGGAGCCCCGCCAGGACGAGGAGGUGCGCAGCCACCGAAGCCACCGGGGCCACCGGCACAGGAACAGGGAGCACAGGGAGGCGUGCAGCAGCUCUCCUCAUUGCGAGGGCGGAGAGGAGCACAACGAGCAGAGGCGGUCCAGACAGCACCGCAGGGCGCUCGGGGACGGGGAGGAGGGCAGAAGACAUCAGUGCAGGGGGACGGAAGGUGAAGGAGAGAAAAGUGAAGAAGAAGGACGGAAGGCGAGACGGCAUCGCCACCUGGAACGAUGUCGAGGUCAUCGCACCAGAAAGGAGCACUGCAGCACCGGUCCCAGCCUCUCUACCACUCGACCCAUACAGCAGUAUAACGAAGACCUUGACAAUUUCCGCAACAACAGCAAGCUGGCCAGUGCCCAUGAACACCCUUAUGCCCUCCCACCCGACCACCCGGAUCACCCUGACCACCUGAACAACCUGCUGAACUGCCACGACGCUGACACCCACACCCUGCUCCACAGCAUGGAUAGCCUGAUCCUGACCAGCAUGGCCAAACCCGACUACACAGCGAUAGACAUGCCCCCCGUCUACCCGUACCCUUCUACUAAUGCCAUCUUGCAAGUGAACAAGAACGCCAACACUGACCAGAAGAAGAGCGAGGAGAAGGAGGGGGAGGACGAAGGUGAAGAUGAAGACAGCCCUAAACGCAUGCCACCCUUCAGUUCCUGCUUCAUACUGUCUACCACCAACCCGUUCCGAAGGUGCUGUCACUACAUCUUGACUCUGAAAUACUUUGAGUUCAGCAUCCUGUCUGUCAUUGCAAUGAGCAGUAUCGCCCUCGCUGCAGAGGACCCCGUCAAGCCUGACUCACCACGAAACAAUGUGCUGCGUUAUUUUGACUACGUUUUCACAGGUGUCUUCACAUUUGAAAUGUUGAUCAAGAUGGUGGUGCUGGGCUUGUUCCUCCACCAAGGAUCUUACUUCCGUGACUUGUGGAACAUUCUGGACUUUAUAGUGGUUAGUGGUGCUCUGGUGGCCUUCGCCUUCACGCCGAGCAGCACCCGGGGAAGCAGCAAAGGCAAAGACAUCAGUACCAUCAAAUCCCUCCGUGUGUUGAGGGUUCUGCGUCCACUUAAGACCAUCAAACGUCUGCCUAAGUUAAAGGCAGUGUUUGACUGUGUGGUGAACUCUCUGAAGAAUGUAUUGAACAUCCUGAUUGUCUACAUGCUCUUCAUGUUCAUCUUCGCUGUUGUGGCUGUGCAGCUCUUUAAGGGCCGCUUUUUCUACUGCACAGACGAAUCCAAAGAGUUUGAACGUGACUGCAGAGGCGAGUUUUUAGUUUAUGAGAAAGAUGAGGUGAAAGCUGAGAAGCGGGAAUGGAAGAAGUACGAUUUCCACUACGACAACGUAGCUUGGGCCUUGCUCACCCUCUUCACGGUCUCAACUGGAGAGGGGUGGCCACAGGUGUUAAAGCACUCGGUGGACUCCACUUUUGAGGAUCAGGGCCCAAGCCCAGGUUACCGGAUGGAAAUGUCCAUCUUUUACGUGGUGUACUUCGUUGUCUUCCCUUUCUUCUUUGUAAACAUCUUCGUGGCUCUCAUCAUCAUCACUUUCCAGGAGCAGGGGGAUAAGAUGAUGGAGGACUACAGCUUAGAAAAGAAUGAAAGAGCCUGCAUAGAUUUCGCCAUUAAUGCCAAGCCUCUGACUCGUCACAUGCCAAAGAACAAACUUAGUUUCCAGUAUCGCAUGUGGCAUUUUGUUGUAUCGCCUCCCUUUGAGUACAGCAUCAUGGCUCUGAUUGCACUCAACACUAUUGUCCUCAUGAUGAAGUUUCAAGGUGCAUCAACAUCAUAUGAUAAUGUCCUAAAGUACCUAAACAUUGUGUUCACCACUUUCUUCUUUAUGGAAUCAAUCCUUAAAAUCAUCGCUUUUGGCUGUGCGAAUUUCUUCAGAGAUGCCUGGAAUGUUUUCGAUUUUGUCUCAGUCUUUGGAAGCAUUACUGACAUAGUGGUGACAGAAUUUUGGAAUAAUUUUAUCAACUUAAGCUUCCUGAGGUUGUUCAGAGCGGCUCGCCUCAUAAAGCUCCUGAGACAAGGAGAGACGAUCCGCAUCCUACUGUGGACAUUUGUCCAAUCCUUCAAAGCUUUGCCGUAUGUGUGUCUGCUCAUUGCCAUGCUCUUCUUCAUCUACGCCAUCAUUGGCAUGCAGUUGUUUGGAAACAUAGCAAUUGACAUAAAAGAAGAGAGUGCCAUCGAUGAGCAUAAUAACUUCAGAACCUUCAUUAUGGCCCUAAUGCUGUUGUUCAGGAGUGCUACGGGUGAGGCGUGGCAUGAGAUUAUGUUGGCCUGCCUGGGAGAAAAGAAAUGUGACCCAGACUCAGGAAACACAGGAAAGGAAUGUGGCAGCACCUUCGCCUACACCUACUUUGUCUCCUUUAUUUUCCUCUGUUCUUUCCUGAUGCUGAAUCUCUUUGUGGCUGUCAUCAUGGACAAUUUUGAGUACCUGACCAGAGACUCCUCUAUCCUGGGGCCGCAUCAUUUGGACGAGUAUGUAAGGAUAUGGGCUGAGUACGACCCUGCUGCAUGCGGCCGGAUCAGUUACACAGACAUGUAUCAGAUGCUAAGACACAUGUGUCCGCCGCUAGGCCUCGGGAAGAGGUGUCCCGCCCGGGUCGCCUAUAAGAGGCUGCUUCGCAUGGAUCUGCCAGUUGCAGAUGACAACACGGUGCACUUUAACUCCACCCUCAUGGCUCUGAUCAGGACAGCACUCGAUAUAAAGAUUGCCAAGGGCGGUGCAGACAAGCACCAGAUGGAUGCAGAGCUGAGAAAGGAGAUGAUGGCCAUCUGGCCUAAUUUAUCGCAGAAGACUCUGGACCUGCUGGUUACUCCGCACAAGGCAGCCACAGACUUGACGGUGGGCAAAAUCUACGCCGCUAUGAUGAUCAUGGAAUACUACCGACAGAGCAAGACAAAAAAGAUGCAGGCCCUGCGAGAGGAACAGAACCGAACGCCAUUAAUGUUUCAGCGCAUGGAGGCGCCCUCUGAAGGAGGGGGCACCGACGGCCAGGGGGGCCAGAGCCAAAAUGGCCUCCCCAACACCCAGCUGGACAACAUCAACAGCAUACCUCCUGAAGGUGGCAUGACUGAGAGCCAAUCGUGGAUGACGGCCAAGGCCCAGGAAAUGUUCCAAAAGACGGGCAACUGGAGCCCGGACCGAGCGUAUCCUGAUGAUCUUCAUGAAAACCGCCACAACCCUCAGACUGUAGAGAUGAGGGAGAUGGGGCGGGACGGGUACUCCGACACUGAGCCCUAUCACCCAGUGGAUGGGCAUGGGCGGACCCUUUCCAUGCCCCGCCUCUCGGCAGACAACCAAACCAUCACUGACACCAGCCCGAUGCGUCACUCCACCUCCAGCCUGGUCCAAGGGCGCUCUGGCCGUGGCGUGAGGCUGGACGACUACUCCCUGGAGAGGGUCGUGUCUGAAGAGGGGCGACACGGCGGAGGAUGCAGACACAGGGACAGGAGUCACCGCGCCUCACAGCGCUCCCUGACCAGAUACACAGAUGCAGACACGGGCCUGGGCACAGACCUCAGCACAACGACUCAAUCAGGUGACCUUCCACCCAAAGAGCGUGAGCGAGACCGAGGCCGCACCAAGGACCGUCGUCACCACCAUCACCAUCACCGUCAUCACAGCUCCAUGGACAAGGAGCACUAUGGCCACGAACGCCACGACUACCCACACAGGCAUCCCCAUGAUCGACACUGGUCCCGGUCCCCCAGCGAAGGACCUGACGGAAGAGGUCACAGACAGGGCAGUAGUUCGGUAAGCGGCAGUCCGGUCCCGUCCACCUCGGGAACCAGCACUCCUCGUAGAGGCCGUCGCCAGCUGCCACAGACCCCUGCUGUUCCACGUCCACACGUCACCUACUCCCCCGCUGUCCGCAAGCCCCUCUACGGCUCCCCCGGCCCAGGCCGAUUGCGCUCGCCCUCCCCUAGACACUUCUCCCCGCCCGACCACGACAGAGGCUACCACCGACCGCCAUCGCGACACACCUCUCCGCACCACGGCGGCUCCUCGUCCAGGCACGGCUCGCCGCGCUCACCCCGCCACCAGUCCCCGCACUCGCCUCUCCACGGUUCGCCCAGGUCCCCUCACCGAAACCGCUGGAGUGGGCCUCCACCUGGCGACAGCCUAGAGGGUGAUGGGCCGUUCUACGAGAGAGACUACAAAUACGAGCGGCACCACGAGCCACCUGCCUACGAGCAGAGCCUCUCCCAUGGCAACCCUCAUCCACACGGGGGAAAUCCUCACCCACACCCACGCUCACCUAGGACUGCCCGCCACGGGCCCCCUCCACCCCCACAUCCACAUCCACGUAGGGUACCUAAUGGCUACCGCUCAUCCUCACCUUCCCCACAUAGACGGGGUCCACCAGGGGCACCCCACCCACACCACCGGCCUCCCCAUGCCAGAGGGCCCCGCAAGGGCCUUCAUGAACCUUACAGUGAGACAGAUGAGGAUGAUUGGUGCUAGCGACCACAGAGUGUAAGAACUACAGAGGAGAACGAGAACCACCGCUUCCAGUGCUCUGGCCAACACUAUGAAAACUUGUUAAAGCAGCCAUAGUGAGGUCUUUCUGGAGGGGUUGGCUGCUCAAAACUCUCUACCUUCACCCUUCAGAAUCUAAAUAGGAAUAAAUGGGUGGAGGGAGGAGCUGAAGGUGCUGAAAAUUGCUUUUUACACGUUUUAUGAAAUAGUGAAACCUUUGACAGAGCAGCACCCAGUUAAAAGGAAACUGAGACGGCCAAAAGAGCUUGGGUAAGGCCAGGGUGCAGUUUGUCUCUGCUUCUCUCAGUCUCAGAACUAAACUUCCCAUAACUAGCCUUCAUCAUCAAGGCCAGGUUUCAAGAGGGAGAGAGAUCUGCGGCAUCGGAGAGCAAUGGAGAAGCAUGAAGUUCUGAAAUAUGAUGUGAUCAUUGCAGUUCUUGAGGCUUAAUAGCACUUUGCUCAAACUAACCCUUGAUUGACAGAUGCGUGCUAUCUACCACUGGCCUGACUACUACUGUAAACUGAAAAGCUGGAACAAGGAGUCCAUCGUUUUGACUCUGUUCUAAAACAGAAAAGGUGAAGCAAAAUUUAGUAUUAAAAAGCCAGGACCCCCUAACCCUUUCAUGCCAAGCUAUGCCUCCAGAAAAUCAAACUUGAAACAAUGAAGAACAUGGUGAAACUUUACACGACAAACAAUGAAAAAAAAGGGAGAACAUCGACUUUAUCUUUAAUCUCUUCUGUUUCCAAUGGACAGAACCAGGAAGCUCCGCCUAUACUGCAAAAACCAGCCAAUCACAGUGCUGGCUGAUAUUUGAUGAGUUUUAUCAUCUCUGUUUACUGUUAUGGACUCACUUAAUGCUGAUGGAACUGCUGUGACAUCACUUCCUGUCCCAAUAAUGUUAGCAAAGGGUGACGGGGUAAGGCACAAAGUGGGCUCACUUCCUGUUCAAGUACACCAAAGGGAUGGGCUCAGGUAACAAGAGAAGGGGGUUGAACACUUUGUCAAUCCUUUUCAUCCUCUGUUACUAGCCCCAGUGUGUGAGGGAUGAUGACCUGACAGGAAAUGACAUCACGCAGUUGAAUGGGGCGGAGGAGAGUAAAGGAGGGAUGGGGAAAAAAAGACUAAUUUCUUCAGUAUUUCUUCUAUCGAUUACUUCUCCUUCUUGUUCUUCUAUGGACAUUGAAGUUUGGUUCUUCUGUUGCAUUCGCUCAGCCUCCUUUGAUAUAUUUCAGAGUCCAAAACUUGCUGGAAAUCUGCAUGACUGAUAUCAUACAUACUAGAGAGGAAAUUUAAGUUGUGUGGGGUGGGUCUUUGGGGGCUUUAGGUUUAUUAAUGAAGUUGUCUUCUUUCCGACUCUCUCUUUCUCUCCCUGUUUGGCUUUUGUCACUCUUUUACUUGUCAAAAGUAUUCUAAUUGGAUUUAUUUUUAAACCUGAAACGAGACGCUGACAUUCAGCUGUUUUGUUUAUCUGGGUAUUCUGAGAAAAUAAAUCUGUUUCUACAACUUGUCAGGAGAUAAGAACCCCAGCAGGGCUCGAGAAACAAGAGGGAGCGAGAGUGGUCAGAAGGAAACUUCUACCACACUUUAUUUACUAUUGUUAAUGAUGACAGAUAUGAAUACUGAUUUUAAUGUCAAUGCCAAUGAUAGUGACCAUGAUGAUGCUGGUGAUGAUUGAAUGAUAGAACUGUUGCUGUAGACUUGCUGUCAUGUUAAUUGGAGUUCAAAUAUGCUAUGUUCAUCCUGUUUGCAUCUCUUCAGUUUGUGUCCCCCCGUUCUGUGAUGUUUACUGGGUUCCUGUUGCCUUUGUGCAACUUUUCUUUGGCAAUGAAAGUUUUGGAAUGUUCACUCAGCAGUGUUGCGUGUUGUAACGCAACUCGCUCUCUCCCCGGAAUGAUAAAGGUGGACAUCAGGGGAGUCUCAGUACCUGACUUUCACAAACCCACAGGGUCAGUACUCUUGUCAAGCUAACCCAAA